CUCGUGAGAAUGUUUCAACUAAUUAAUGGAAUACAUUAAUCCGCAUCUAUAUAAAUGAUUUGAAAUGCGACUCAGUUGUAUAUCUGACCCACAAUGGCUCUAGUUAAGACUUUACUUAUUCUAACUGUGGCAACUGCCCUAAUUGCUACAACUUUGGGUGAAAAUCCUAAAGGCUAUGGAAGUAGCUCUAGUAGCUUAGGCGGGCAGGCUGGCACACAUGGCGACUCUUCUGGUGGAAGUAACGUGGCGUCUAGAAAACAAAUAGGUACAGAUGGUUCAAGUGGUAGCCACGACCAUGGAAAACAGGACCAAAGUGCCUCUGAAGGACAAGCAGGAUCCGGAAGUAGUCAAGGAGGUUCUGGAAGUACUCAAGGAGGUUCUGGAAGUAGUCAAGGAGGAUUAGGGGGUAAUAAAGGAGGAUCAGAAAGUAGUCAAGGUGGAUCUGGAAGUCAUCAAGGGGGCCAUGAAAGUCAAAGUGGAACCGGUGGUGUCAGCGGAAAUCAAGGAACUAAAGGACAAAGUGGUUCAGAGGGACAGAUUGGAUCCGGAGGUGUAAGUGGAUCGAGCGGUAUUGGCUCCCACGGGCAAACUGGCGGAGGAAGUCAAGGAGGAAAAAAUGCCGGUGGACACGAAAGUGGACACAGCGGUCAAGGUGCAUCUGGAGGAAGUCAAGGCGGAUCCAGCGGCGGCAGCCAUGGAGCAAAAUCUAGUGGCUAUGGACGUUAACUGUGUGAAUAAUUUGAAAUUUACGUAUAAAACCAUAAGUAAACAUUUAAUAUACACGACUUUAUCUUCUCCUGAUUAAAUAUAUUUUACGAA